AUGAAGAUCUUCAUCGCUACCAUUGCCCUGGUGCUGCUGGCUAUCGCCGAGGCGUCCUACCUGCCAUACGGAGGCGGCUUGGUCUCGAGCUACGCCACGACAGGCUUCCCGGUGACUUCAUCGGUUGCCUAUCCAUCCUACGGGCUGUAUGGCAAGUCGGUGCUUCCGCUGGCCACCAAGUACUCGUACCCUGCGGUUUACAACAGCUACCCGGUGUCAAGCAAGGUGGUGACGUAUGCCGCUCCGGCCACAGUCUACGGUGGUGCCAAGAUCGUUGGCUAUGGUGCAGGCUAUGGCGCAGGCUAUGGUUUCGGUGCAGGUUACGGAUAUGGUGCAGAUUUCGCCUACGGUUAUGGCGGAAAGGUGCUGCCAACGAAGUAUUACUAUUAG